ACCUCAAUCUACUCGCUAAUCGUCCCGCAUCCAUAUACCCCAUACCUCCUGUCGAGUGUUGCCUCAGCGUCAUCGCUAUUUCGAAAGAAUUUCUUCAAGCCUCGUCCAUGGCACCACCACACUUCCUCCUCGUGACCUUCCCUGGCCAAGGCCACAUAAACCCUUCCCUCCAAUUCGCCAAGCGUCUCGUGCGUGUCGGCGCCCACGUGACCUUCGCCACUGCCAUUCGUGCCCGUCCCCGCAUGGCUGAGUCGGAAUCUAUCCCCGAGGGGCUAUCCUUCGCCAGCUUCUCUGAUGGCUACGACGACGGUUUCGACAAUUGGGAUGAAAUGGAGGAAUACAUGGACAAGAUCAAGCGACGAGGAACAGAGACUUUAAGUGACCUCAUCGCCUCGAACCUUAAGAGCGGUCGGCGAUUCUCAGGUGUACUCUACACUAUCCUCCUUCCGUGGGCUGCCGAGGUCGCUCGUUCUCAUGGCAUUCCUUCGACAUUCGUUUGGAUUCAACCGGCCACUGUUUUGGACUUCUACUAUUAUUACUUCCAUGGCUACGGCGAUCUUAUUCGAAGCACGGGCGGCAAUCCUUCGGUGCCAAUCCAAUUGCCAGGGUUGCCGCCUCUCAUGGCCUGCGACAUACCCUCCUUUUUUAAUUCUAAAAAUGAGUACAACUUCAGUCUCCCGCUUUUCCAAUGGCAUUUCAAGAUACUACUUGAGGAGGCCAAGCCAAGGAUUCUGGCAAACACCUUCGAUGCGCUGGAACCGGAUGCCAUACGGGCUAUCAAUGAGUUCGAGGUGAUUGGGAUCGGGCCGCUGAUCCCGUCCGCGUUUUUGGACGGCCAAGAUCCAUCAGACACUUCCUUCGGAGGCGAUCUCUUCAAGAGCUCGAGCGGCUACAUGGAGUGGCUGGACACGAAGCCAAAGGCGUCGAUGAUCUACGUGUCGUUUGGGAGCAUCUCCGUGCUAUCGAAGCCACAGAAGGAGGAAAUGGCACGGGCGCUUGUAGAGGCUGGCCGGCCGUUCUUGUGGGUCAUCCGGGAAAGCGGGAAAGAAGAGAGAGACGAGGAUAGAUUGAGCUUCAAAGAAGAACUAGAUAAGAUAGGGAUGAUAGUGCCGUGGUGCUCGCAAGUGGAGGUUCUCUCUCACCCUUCAGUGGCGUGUUUCGUGACACACUGCGGGUGGAACUCCACGUCAGAGAGCUUGGUCUGCGGGGUACCCAUGGUGGCGUUCCCGCAGUGGAGCGAUCAGCAAACGAACGCGAAGCUCGUGGCGGACGUGUGGAGGACCGGGGUGAGGAUAACGCCCAACGAGCAAGGCCUGGUGGAGAGCGGCGAGAUGAGGAGGUGCUUGGAGCUGGUGAUGGGAGAUGGAAAGGAAGGGGAGGAGAUGAGAAGGAAUGCCCGGAAGUUUAGGGAUCUGGCGAGGGAGGCCGUGAAGGAAGGCGGGUCAUCGGACAAGAACCUCAGGGCCUUCGUGGACGAGGUCAGAGAAGCAUCUGAGCUCGAAUGAAUCGUCUAUGGUGUCGCUGUGAGCAGCUAACGUGGUGCUUUCCUGUCCUCAUCUUUAGGGACUUUUAGCGAAUGCAAAUUUUAUAUGGCUUUUAUGUAAUCCUUCCUGUGGGCAUGCAGUCGUCGCUUAUUGUUCAGGACAAAUUAUUGUCCUUUCUAGGUGACAUUUUUUCUUUUCUUAUUUUCCAUUCCUCCUAUUUCAGCCCGUCAUAUAUGACGCUUAUGUUGCUAGGUCUUGAAUCUUGUUGCUUGGUCUUGAAUCUCGAUGGUUCGACCUACAGCUGAUGGUAAAAACAUUUCUCAGCGGCAGAAGAACUACAUGUCUUAGAAUCUUUACAAUAGUCCACACUGGUAAUGAGAUAUGAAAUACUCAAUGGUCAUAUCUUCUUC